UAUUGUAGUUUGCUGUGGCUGCUGUAAUGGCGGUGUCUCGUCGCUCCACCACGCAGCAGCAGCCCCAGCCCCAGCCCCAGCAGAGCCGACCCUCAGACCUCCCGUCCCCGCCGCGGAGCAGCGUUCUCUCGGGCGGACCCGCCACCCCCGCCCCGGCCAUGGCCCUGCUGCUGCCCCCGGACAGGGAGUGCAGCGGCGGGCUGGACGCCGCACUCGAGCCCGCGGUCUCGGCCGCGGCCUCCCCGGAGCCCGAGGCCGAGGCCGAGACCGCGGGUUGUAGUAGCGGCUCCAGCCCGGGCUCCACCCCGACCUCCGCGGGCUCCAGCCCCGCCGACGGCUGCGCCUUCAGGGAGCUGUUCGAGGCGUGCCGGAACGGGGACGUGUCCCGGGUGAAGAGGCUGGUGGACGCCAACAACGUGAACGCGAAGGACAUGGCCGGGCGUAAAUCCACCCCGCUGCACUUCGCCGCGGGUUUUGGUAGGAAAGAUGUGGUAGAGCACCUUUUACAGACGGGGGCCAACGUUCACGCCAGGGACGAUGGCGGUCUCAUCCCCCUGCACAACGCCUGCUCUUUCGGACAUGCAGAGGUCGUCAGCCUCCUCCUGUGUCAGGGAGCAGAUCCCAACGCCAGAGAUAACUGGAACUACACGCCGCUGCACGAAGCCGCCAUCAAGGGGAAGAUAGACGUGUGCAUUGUCUUACUUCAGCACGGAGCUGAUCCAAACAUCCGCAACACUGAUGGCAAAUCUGCUCUGGAUCUCGCUGACCCGUCGGCCAAGGCUGUUCUUACAGGUGAAUACAAGAAGGACGAACUUCUGGAAGCAGCAAGGAGUGGAAAUGAAGAAAAGCUGAUGGCGCUGCUGACUCCGUUAAACGUCAACUGUCACGCCAGCGAUGGUCGCAAGUCAACUUCACAAAAAAUGCUGUCCACGCCCCUCCACCUGGCCGCCGGAUACAACCGGGUGCGCAUCGUCCAGCUCCUUCUCCAGCACGGCGCUGACGUCCACGCCAAGGACAAGGGCGGCCUCGUUCCUCUUCACAACGCCUGCUCCUACGGACACUUUGAGGUCACGGAGCUUCUGCUGAAGCACGGCGCCUGCGUGAACGCCAUGGACUUGUGGCAGUUCACUCCUCUCCACGAAGCAGCGUCCAAGAACCGAGUGGAGGUUUGUUCUCUGCUGCUGAGCCACGGGGCCGACCCCACCCUGCUCAACUGCCACAGCAAGAGCGCCGUGGACAUGGCCCCCACCCCGGAGCUCAAAGAGAGGCUCACCUACGAGUUCAAAGGUCACUCGCUGCUGCAGGCCGCACGCGAAGCCGACAUGGCCAAAGUGAAGAAGACGCUGGCGCUGGAGAUCAUCGGGUUCAAACAUCCGCAGACCAACGAGACGGCUCUGCACUGCGCCGUGGCCUCGCCCCACCCCAAGAGAAAGCAGGUGACUGAACUGUUGCUGCGUAAAGGAGCCAACAUCAACGAGAAGAACAAAGACUUCAUGACACCUUUACAUGUUGCUGCGGAGAGGGCUCACAACGACAUCCUGGAGGUGCUGCAGAAACACGGAGCUAAGGUGAAUGCCGCGGACACUCUCGGCCAGACGGCUCUGCACCGAGCAGCGCUGGCCGGCCACAUCCAGACCUGCAAGCUGCUGCUGAGCUACGGAGCCGACCCCUCCAUCGUGUCUCUCCAAGGUUUCACCGCCGCUCAGAUGGGCAACGAGGCCGUGCAGCAGAUUCUGAACGAAAACGUUCCCACUCGUAAUUCUGACGUGGACUACAGAUUUCUAGAAGCCGCCAAAGCUGGAGAUCUGGACACAGUUCAACAACUGUGCACGCCGCAGAACGUGAACUGCCGGGACUUGGAGGGCCGACACUCCACUCCCCUUCACUUUGCAGCCGGUUACAACCGCGUGGCCGUCGUGGAAUAUCUGCUGCACCACGGAGCCGACGUCCACGCUAAAGACAAGGGGGGUCUGGUUCCUCUUCACAACGCCUGCUCGUACGGUCACUACGAAGUGGCCGAGCUGCUGGUCCGACACGGGGCUUCGGUCAACGUGGCCGACCUUUGGAAGUUCACUCCGCUUCACGAAGCCGCGGCCAAAGGAAAAUAUGAGAUCUGCAAGCUGUUGCUGAAACAUGGAGCAGACCCCACCAAGAAGAACCGUGACGGCAACAUUCCCCUGGACAUGGUGAAAGACGGAGACACCGACAUCCAGGACCUGCUGCGAGGCGACGCCGCCCUGCUGGACGCCGCCAAGAAGGGCUGCCUGGCUCGCGUGCAGAAGCUUUGCUCCCAAGAGAACAUCAACUGCAGGGACGCACAAGGUCGCAACUCCACCCCGCUCCACCUGGCAGCUGGUUAUAACAACCUGGAAGUGGCGGACUAUCUGCUGGAGCACGGCGCUGACGUCAACGCCCAGGACAAAGGAGGCCUUAUCCCUCUCCAUAACGCUGCUUCUUACGGGCACGUGGACAUUGCAGCGCUGCUGAUCAAGUACAACACGUGCGUUAACGCCACGGACAAGUGGGCGUUCACGCCGCUGCACGAGGCGGCGCAGAAAGGUCGGACUCAGCUCUGCGCUCUUUUACUGGCUCACGGCGCCGACCCCACCAUGAAGAACCAGGAAGGACAGACGGCUCUGGACCUCGCCACGGCUGACGAUAUCCGGGCCCUGCUGAUGGACGCCAUGCCCCCCGACGCCCUGCCCAGCUGCUUCAAGCCUCAGGCCACGGUGGUGAGCGCGUCGGUCAUCUCCCCGGCCUCCACGCCGUCCUGCCUGUCGGCCGCCAGCAGCAUCGACAACCUGGCCGGCCCGCUCACGGAUCUGGCCGGCGCCGCCGGCCCCGGCAGCUCCGGCGUCGCAGACGGAGCCUCCGGCACCGACCGCAAGGAAGGGGAACUAGCAUCGUUGGACAUGAAUAUCAGCCAGUUCCUGAAGAGCCUGGGCCUGGAGCCGCUCAGGGACAUAUUUGAGAGGGAGCAGAUCACCCUGGACGUGCUGGCGGACAUGGGCCACGAGGAGCUGAAGGAGAUUGGGAUUAACGCCUACGGCCACCGACACAAGCUAAUUAAAGGUGUUGAGAGACUGCUGGGGGGCCAGCAAGGCGGCAACCCGUACCUGACAUUCCACUGUGCCAGCCAGGGCACCAUCCUCAUAGACCUGGCCCCCGACGACAAGGAGUACCAGUCUGUGGAGGAGGAGAUGCAGAGCACCAUCAGGGAGCACAGAGACGGAGGCAACGCUGGCGGCGUCUUCAGCAGAUACAACAUCAUCAAGAUUCAAAAGGUGGUGAAUAAGAAGCUGAGGGAACGCUACACCCACCGGCAGAAGGAGAUCGCAGAUGAAAACCAUAACCAUCACAAUGAGCGCAUGUUGUUUCACGGUUCUCCAUUCAUCAACGCCAUCAUUCACAAGGGCUUUGACGAGCGGCACGCCUACAUCGGAGGGAUGUUUGGAGCCGGCAUUUACUUUGCAGAAAACUCCUCAAAGAGCAACCAGUACGUCUACGGUAUCGGCGGGGGCACCGGGUGCCCGACACACAAGGACAGAUCCUGCUACCUGUGCCACAGGCAGAUGCUGUUCUGCCGGGUGACGUUGGGGAAAUCCUUCCUGCAGUUCAGUGCCAUGAAGAUGGCCCACGCUCCUCCGGGGCAUCACUCAGUGAUCGGGCGGCCCAGCGUUAACGGUUUAGCCUACGCUGAGUACGUCAUCUACAGAGGAGAGCAGGCGUAUCCGGAGUACCUCAUCACCUACCAGAUCCUUAAACCAGAGAGUGCAGCCCAGUGUGCAGCCGGAGCGGAGCAGAAGUCAUAGUUACUGAACACAUAAGGACUUCACGCUUGCUAUACUCUCCUUUGUAUUGCAAAUACCACCUUUUUCGUUACCAGACAUAUUUCCAGUCUCUUGCCCAGUAGAACCCAUGGUGACCAGUACUUCAUGAGCAAAUGUGCUGUACAAUCCUCUACUCUUGGUGAUGACAGUUAUGUUUUUGCAUCGGUUGCAUGUGAAUACAGAAGCAUGUGAGACCCAAUAGCGUGCGUGGGUUAGUAGUUCCAACACCCGCUCCCCUUCACCACCUCCUCCAUGCAGGAGGAUGCUUGUUUAGAGUUUUCCAUGGGCAUUUAUAGUUUGCCGCUCUUUGUCACAAUGCGUAGUUACCGGAGAAUCAGCAACACCUUCCAACUUUCCGUCUCACCAUGAAAACCUGGAACCCGUGGACGUCUACUUCCCUCCCACAGGAUAACGGAGAUCUUCCCUGGGAAACCAUAACACUAUCUGACAGAUAACUGCUAUGCUGUAAUGUUUACUUUACAAACUGUCAACCCAAGAACUUCACAAACACUGAACUUUCAUGAUUUUAACGGUUUUAUCCGGGGCUUUGCUCGGCUGAAGGAGACGGGGCUCUCGGUCAAAUCUUAAGAGUUUCAAAGUUACAGUACCGAUUUGAACAAGAGAUCACGUGUGUUUAGCAGUGCAACGUAAGGCGUCAUAAUCACACAUGAUGACUGUGGUAUAUUAGAAGCAUCAUGCUCUUCAACGUAGAGUCUGUAGAUAUUGAGAUAUUGCUUUUGUGAUGCAACGAGCGCCGUACCGGCUCAUAAAGGCUCCCCUUCUGUCGCCACGGUCAUAAAGACAUUCACACAUAAAGAUUUGCACUUUUACAUAGAAAGCUAUUUAAGUUAUUUUGAAUUGAUAUUACACAUUUGCAAAAAAGAAAAAAAAAACAUUUGUACAGGUUGUGUAAAUGGUUGUGUAUAACUGUUGCUGUUUAACAGUAUCUUUAAGUUCAAAUGUAAAUGGCAUCUGAAUUUUCUUUUUUUUUUCAUGCCUUCUAAAUCUUCCCAUUUUUUUUAAAUAAAUGUCCCAUUAACAGUUCCUUGUUUUGUAAUGA